GGGAUUCCGCGCCCGAUAUAUCUCGCGGAUCGGCGCCGACGCAGGUCCCGGUACGACGUCCACUAGGCACGUAAAUAUUAACAUGCCGAGUCAUAACACGAUAUUUUAGCUAAAUAAUGCAGGAAUUAAAUCUUAUCUCUGAGGAUUACCGCGGGAUUUGGCGGCAUUAUAGUGAUAAAUUUCUCGUGUGCGUGUUUUUAUGUGAAGAUCGGUGAAAAGUGCGUUCGAGUAUAUUUCGUUGACGUGAAUCAUGACGGCAAUUAUUUAUUUAACCUUAUCUCUAUUUGUAAUCGUGUGAUAUAUUUUUAUACAUAGUUUAACAUAAAAUCUGAUAAUUUAAUCAGCAUUAAAAAAAUAUAACAAUUUGACAAUGAUUGACAAUCUAAUAAACUAUUUAAUAAAUUAGAAUCUCAUUAAAAACUCUCCAUACUAGGGCCGUUUUCAAUUUAGGAGAUAUAGAUUACCCACAUUAUCUUUCUUUAUUUGCCUUUCUGCUCGAAUAUCUCCGAGACACUAGAUCAUCACAGUUAAGCGAUGUCUCGUCGCGACCGCGGGCCGGCGGCGGACUACCCCGUGGCUCCUCUGGCGCCUCCGAGCAAAUGUGCUAAGGUGCUGUACUACACAUGGAAGUUGUGCUCGGUGGUGUUCUCGCACUUCGUGAUGAUCAGCCUGGUGGUGGCCUACUGCAUCCUCGGCGCCGUCACCUUCGAGAAGCUCGAGGCUCAGCACGAGAGAGAGGUGAAGAUGAACAUCUCCCAGAUCCGAAGUAAUACGACGCAGAGCAUCUGGCUGAUGACGCGCAACGUGCCGCUGCUCAACCAGACCAACUGGACCACGGAGGUCGUCGACAUGCUCAAGGAUUUCGAGAACGCAAUCCUGUUGGAAAUGAAAGUCCGCGGAUGGGACGGCAACGAGAGCACCGAUCACAUCCAGUGGACCUUCACCGGCGCGCUGUUCUACUCCAUCAUCGUCAUCACUACCAUAGGCUACGGGCACAUCGCGCCGAAGACACAGACGGGCAAGGUGGUGACCAUCUUCUACGCGAUCCUGGGCAUCCCGCUCAUGCUGCUGUGCCUGUCCAACAUCGGGGACGUCAUGGCCUCGUCUUUUAGGUUCCUGUACUGGCGCGUGUGCUGCUACGUGUGCACGCGCCCCCCGAAGAAACGACAUCGACACCACCACGCGUCCAUGAGGCGGUCGAUCCGUGCGGGCAGCGGGCGGGGCUCGCGGCGCCGGCCUAGACCCAUCGAGAGGGCGCACUCUGACACAGAUUGCAGGUACCGUGACAGCGGAUACAGCAGCGGCCGCGCACGCCGGCCCCGCCCGCUCGCCGCGCCGCCGCCCGCUCCGCUACAUGCGCCGCGCACCCAUUCACAACCUCCAGUCUAUAACAGAGGAGUAAGAGACUACGACAUCGAGGACCCGCCUCCGAGGGACAGGCGCGCCCCACUCCAGGAUGACUGCGAGGAAGACGAAGACUACUUCCCGAAGAUCUCGCUCCCGCUGCAAGACCUGGAAGCGGCUCUAAAAGAGCUGGAGGACCACCACGUUAAGAAGAGCUCCAAGGCCGAGCUGCGCAGCAAGUCCCUGCCGCGGCCCCCCAAGACCAGGCCUGACUUCGGCCCGAGGAGAUACUUUGAUGACCAUAGGCAUUACGACGUCGACGAGAGCCAGGACAUGUAUGAGAUGCAUGACCUCCAUGACGUAGACUACGAGAACUACAAGGAGAGGAAAGCAUUGGAGGAGCGAGAGAGAAGGAAAGAAGAGAGACAGGAACACGUGUUUAAUGCGAGGGACCGGGGCUACGAUCCAGAGGACGAGGAUUACGACUUUGACAGCCCGAGGAGCAGGCGGGCUAAAGACGAGUACAGGAACCACCGCGGCCGUUCUGAAUACUACGAGCGUGAUCCAGAAGAUAAUGAUUACGAGCGAUCCCGGGGCCGGCGCGCGCGCAGUGCGAUGUUCGACUACGAGCGCCGGGGUGCUGCGCCUGCGCGACACGAGCCACCUUCCCGACGGCUCAGGAGGCUGCAGACCGUAGAGGACAGCCGACCUUACAGACACUAUACGCCGUCCCCGGAACGCGAUGACUGGAGCGACGAAGUGGCGACCGUGCCACGCAGAAGUCGCCCGCCUGCUGCGUGGGGUUCUCGUCAGUCGGAAAUAUAUCCAUUGCCGGCAGAACCCUCUUACAAAGAAGAGAUAAAGCCAGUUCCGAUCUGGUUGUGCGUAUUCCUGGUGGCGUCCUAUAUCGUGGCGGGCACGUUCCUAUUCAAGCGCUGGGAGGGCUGGGCCUACCUCGACGCUGCUUACUUCUGCUUCAUCACGCUCACUACCAUCGGCUUCGGGGACUUCGUGCCUGCCCAAGGCCAGAGUCUGGAAGACCCAGCCGCAGCAGUCCACUCCAUCGCUCUCUGCUCCCUGUACCUGCUAUUCGGCAUCGCGCUGCUGGCGAUGUCGUUCAACCUGGUGCAGGAGGAGGUCCGCGCCAACGUCGCCGCGCUCGCCACCAAGCUCGGCAUCAUCAAGCCCAGGGACCAAGACUCCGACUCAGAUUACUGAAGGAUCGGCUUAACAGGACCAAAUGAGUGCCUUGAUAGAUACCUAGUCAUUUUUUUGUUCCUUAGAAUAUGGUAAUAACAUAGAGCCAGAUAUUAACACGGUAGUGCGAUACAUAUUCUGCUUAAUUGGCAUAAGAAUCCGCUUAGCUGUGACAGAUGGACGAAUGAUCCUAUAAGGGUUCCGUUUUGUAUAUUUUUGUAAGGGAAAUAUUCCGAGUACAAAUUCCCAAGUUAAUUUAAACAAAUAGGAGUAAUAAUAAAGUUACUUUGCACAGAAACAAUGUUGAAAGUAACUAUGCCGUUAAACAUAAAUGGCUUUGUGCGUAUUAAUAACUCGGUGCAUGCGCAAUAAAACCUUAUUAUAUUAUGAUUAGGGAUACAUUUAUCAAUUUUAUUGAUACAUUUAUCAUUUAUCAAUUAAUUUUUAAUUUAAAAUAUUAAAUGUAUUUUGACUUCCGGUCAAAAAGAUAAUGUUUUUUUAAAUAGGCUAAGAACAUAAGCUUUCAUUUAAUUCAUUUUCCUACUGAUGAAUCCAAGCUGGCUCUUCAUUUUCAUCUCAAUUCUCUGUGUUUAUUCUCCCUGUUGCCUUCUCAGCCGUCACUCCCAGGAUCUUCCUGCUUUUCCUUCUCCACUUCGCACCGUCGUCAGCAUUACUAUUAUUGGGUUUCGAAUUUUCAUGUCAACUACUAUGAUUAAUUAAUAUAUAGUUUCAUACACGUGUUAAUUAAUAAAUUUAAUUAAUAAAAAAAUUAUAAAAUUUAUUUACUUGCUUUAAAUGUAGUAGACAAUAUUAUGCUAGUAGUUUCAUACAUUUUAGCCAUUGCAUGGAAAUUAAUAUAAAUUACUGAAUAAUGCACCUAGUUGAGAGUACCUCAGUCUGGUCUGUUUUAUUCUUCUGUUCGCUGAUGGAUACUUAUUAAUUACUGUGUUAUUCAAAUUUUGUAUUUGGGUACAUUAAUUUUUCUAUCUUUUAAGAUACUGUAAACACAGGUUUACAGUAUCUUAAAUGACAAAAAAUUUGUGUACAGACACCAACUAUUAAAAUAUAGAACACUAUACAACACAGGAAUACAAAAAGAACGAACAUUUCACUAGUUGUGUGUAUUUUUUUCAUUGUUAACGUUCUGUCACAGCAGCCCUAUAGUGAUCCGAAGGCAAGAAGGACAUCUUUUUUCUAUAAAUUUAGUAAUAAGUGUUAAUUUACAGCAUUUCUGAUACAUGAUUGCGGUAUUUACAAAAAGUAUUUUGCAGUCAGUAUGAAAUGCAACGAUGUCAUUCGUUGGCGCUAGAUUUUUAUAGUUUAUGGUGCGUGUAUGUGUAUUCUUAAAUAAUAAAUAAAACUUUUGUUAAUUUUU